AAAACAUUCUGAAGUGAUGCAUCUUUUUUCCUUUAAACUUUUGGAAACAACUGAGCACACUUGAUGGUGCUCCCGCAGUUGUGAUGGACAAAAGCAUAGAGUAUGUGUUUGGCAAGUGAUUUUGUGCCUUCACACUAAUUGUAAAGACACUUUUAAAACCUGCCGAAGGGAUAGCGCGAAAACCGUUCUCCUCAGGAAUCCGCUAACGGUUUAUGGCGCCAUCGACUGGUGGAUUAGUUGAGCAACGGCUGCGCUCAAUCCAGGCGAAGGUGGCAUCUUUCACAGAAGUGAAAUGAACUGGUUUCACUGUAACAACUGUUAUGUGAGAGAGGGGAAAAAAUUCGUAGUGUCCAGUUGUGGCCAUAUAUUUUGUGAGAACUGCAUAAAUACAAGUCAGUGCGGAAUUUGUCAUGGCAACUGCAAUUACCUUCACAUAUCUGAUGAAAUGAAGCCACAGGAAAAGAUGUUUUUCAAAGAUCCAGUGAAACUCGUUCAGUCUCGACUGGAACAUAUUGCACAGAUCGCUAUUUUUCAGAAAAGGCAGAAGGAGCGAGUUAUUGCAUUCUUAAGAAGCAGGUCUGUGGAACUGGAACGAAAGGUGAAAGAAGUCCGUGAUCAGUGCUACAGGCAAGUGUGUGAGCUGAAACAAGAGAACGAAGAACUAAAGAAACCACUUUCUCAGAGGAGGACAUCUCCUGGGAGGUUUCCAAUUAAUGGAGGAACUCCAAGGAUGAUUCUUCCUGUGGCUGUCACAUCACCAGUCACACCUCGCUCAAGAGCUGUCAGUUCGGGUGACACUUUGGAGAGGUUUAGACAUUCCAGACACGGCAUGACAACACCUCCAGGGUCAUCCAUCUCUAUGUCUAGCAUGAGUUCAGUACACGAACAAAGUUUCAGGACACCCAGCUCAGUUAACACUCCGACAAGGUCCCAACAUACAACCCCAAACAGCUUUCAGUUCCAGCUUCUGGCUAGGCCUCCAAUCCAGUCCCCAAGGCAAUAAUCAUUUGUAGCUAAUUCAGAUCAUUAGAAAACCACUUCAUCAAUAUUGCACCCACAUCACUCAAAAGAUGAGUGAUCUACUUAAUCCAUCCUUUAUAUCAAUAGAUAAAAUUAUAUUGACAUGAAUUUAUUUGAAAAAUACAGUUUUUAGUUUGAUUAAAGGUGGCGCAAAUAAAGGCUAUAUGAGCCAAAAAAAACCCUAACAUUAUAUAUCUGUUAUACUGAAGAGACCAUUUUGAUGAAGAUUGGGUUUUUUGUUGUUAUUUAUUUUUUUAC